AGUGGCUGCUAGAAGGCGUGAGUUUGGUCGCGGGGCGCGAACCCAGGCGGCGCGGUGAGGCUAGCCUGGCGGCUGGGGCUCGUUGGCUUCUCUGAAGGGAGUGCUGCUCCUGGCCAAGGAGGCCAUUCGGCCCGAGCCCGAGGACCCGCAGGCAUGUCUGACAACGAGGACAAUUACGAUGGCGAUGACUUCGACGAUGUGGAGGAAGACGAGGGCCUGGAUGACCUGGAGAACCCCGAGGAGGAAGGCCAAGAGAAUGUGGAGAUCCUUCCCUCUGGGGAACGGCAGCAGGCGAACCAGAAGCGGAUCACCACCCCCUACAUGACCAAGUAUGAGCGAGCCCGGGUCCUGGGUACCCGCGCCCUGCAGAUCGCAAUGUGUGCCCCUGUGAUGGUGGAGCUGGAAGGGGAGACUGACCCACUACUCAUCGCCAUGAAAGAACUCAAGGCUCGCAAAAUCCCCAUCAUCAUCCGCCGCUACCUGCCUGAUGGGAGCUAUGAAGACUGGGGUGUGGAUGAGCUCAUCAUCACGGACUGAUCCCCGGCCUGGCCCUGCCCCCAGCAGUUUGGACGCUCGUUUGUUUUUCUAUAUGGAUAAUAAAGCCUAUUCAAGCUCU